ACUCUCCCCUUUCGGAAGUGGUUCUAGCUUAUCAUUUUUCUCUAUCUCUAAGCGGAAAAGGGUUGGGAAAAGAGUGAGCGUGAAGGCAUGGCGGAUCUGGAGAAUUGCGUGAGGAUUACAAGGGCGGCUGCUAAGAAGAGGGCGGUGGAGACCAUUGGAGUGGCGCCGGAGCAAUCAAAGAAGAAAAGGGUUGUUCUGGGAGAGCUUCCUAAUCUCUCUAAUGUUUUAGUUUCUAUGAAUCAGACUGUGGGAACAGAGACCCAGAAGCCGAAAGCGAAGACGACCAAAGUGAAGAAGGCUUUGGUGCAGGUGAAGAAAACGACAGCGGAGGUGAAGGAUGGGGUUUGUGAUGAGAAGCGACAGGAAAUUGAUGCCGACUUUGAGGAUCCGCAAUUGUGUGGGCCUUUUGCGGCUGAUAUAUACGAGUAUCUUCAUGAAAUGGAGGUGAAUCCAAAGUGGAGACCUUUGCCUGAUUAUCUUGAGAAGGUACAGACAGAUGUUAGUGCCAAUAUGAGGGGAGUAUUGGUGGACUGGUUGCUGGAGGUUGCAGAGGAGUAUAAGCUCAUUUCUGACACUCUGUAUCUCACCGUUUCUUAUGUUGAUAGAUUCCUGUCUUUGAAUGCUAUAAAAAGGCAGAAGCUUCAGUUACUUGGUGUUUCUUCAAUGCUUAUUGCUUCGAAGUAUGAAGAAAUAAACCCUCCAAAUGUGGAAGACUUUUGCUACAUAACUGAUAAUACAUACACAAAGGAAGAGGUGGUUAAGAUGGAGGCUGACACACUAAAGGCUUUAAAGUUUGAAUUAGGUAGUCCUACCAUCAAGACAUUUUUGAGGAGAUUUACUAGGGUUGCACAAGAGGAUUUUAAAGCUUCCAGUUUGCAAUUGGAAUUUCUAGGAUACUACCUUGCUGAGUUGAGUUUGUUGGAUUAUGAAUGUGUGAAGUUUUUGCCCUCUUUGGUGGCUGCAUCUGUUAUGUUUCUUGCAAGGUUUAUGAUUCAACCAAAGAUUCAUCCUUGGAGUUCUGCCUUGCAACAACAAACAGGUUACAAAUCAUCUGAUUUAAAAGAAUGUGUCCAUAUUAUACAUGAUUUGUAUCUCAAUAGGAGAGGAGGUUCCCUACAAGCUGUAAGAGAAAAAUACACGCAGCAUAAGUUCAAAAAUGUUGCGGUAAUUCCCUGUUCUCCAGAGAUACCAUUUUGUUAUUUUGAAAAUGUCUGGGGAACAAAAAUUUGAAGCUGUGAUGAUCUUGCAUGAUGGUUAAACUUCAUGGAUCAGACUGGCUGGUGUACAUGGUGGCCUUUAACACAAGUUACUGGGUGGUAAUCAAGCUUAAUCUUGAAGGUGUCUUGGGAAAGUUGAGGCUCUUAACAAAUGUGGUCACCGGAACGGAAGUGACGUUUCUCACAGCAGUUGGUGCAUGGGUACUCCUACAUAAGAUGUCUACACAGUUGCUAACUUACAUAGUCAGUAAGACUUACCAUGCAAGUCAUCCUAACAUAGGUGGAGUGUUAUUGAUUUUUUGAGCAAUUAGGUAAUUAGGUUAGGUAAUUUCUGACUUAGGUUGUCAAUUGGAUGUUAUAGCUUCUGUUUGGAAUUUGCUGAUAACAUUAAUAGUUGCUCUUGAAUUGAUUUCAAUUGUUUAGGGUUAAAGGAAGGAAAAGCUCUUCAUGUAAAUAAAUUUAAAAAUUUCUU